AUGGUGACCACCCUUCAGUCCUCGUCUGCACACCCUGACACCGCGACCACCGUCGUCACUGUCGAGGACGUGCUCUGGGCGGAGGAUAGCUUCCACGCAACACCAAACCACAUCCGAGUCCGCCUCAGCUGCCGCACGCCCGCCAUCUUGGUCGACCGGAAGACCAAUGUGAUCGUGGCAGCGAACGUCGCUUGGCAAGACCAGUGCGGCUACCGUGCCGAGGCGAUCGGUGCCACUCCCAAGAUCCUCGCGGGCGAGCGCACCGACGCUGCCAAGGCCGCUCGCUUCACCCAGCGCGUGUACGGGCGCGAGGGCCGCGCCGGGACGACACUCGUCAACUACCGUUCCGAUGGCACACCCUUCCUGCAUACGAUCACGGCCAGCCGGAUCGGCGACUUCUUCCUGGCGAAAUCGACGCGGUCGAUCGACCUGCAGACCGCCUCCGCGCCCCACCUCGGCGCCAUCGGAGUCGCGCUCCUCGCCGCGUGCGUGCUGAUCCACCUCUUCUCCGCCGUCUCCAGCGUCGGCGACUCCGCCACGUCGACCGGGACGGCCUCGCCGCCGCUGCCGGCCGACCGCAUCCCAGUGCACGGCGUCGCUUCCGCCUUUGUCGCCGCCGCCCUCGCGCACCAGCCAUUCUUCCAGCCAAAGGCGGCCGACCCUCCCGCCCAGAUCGACUCCUCGUCGGCCCUCGUAGCCGAGGGCGCCCCCGUCGUGGGCAUCUGCCUCCUCGCCCUCCUCGUUGCGGCGAUGUGGGAGGAGGAGUCCGCAGCGGCCAAAGUCAACGACGAGGACGACGACGACGAGAUCGACGUCGCCGGCUCACAUUUCCUCGGCCCGGUGCCGCUGGUCGAGGUCGUGUUCACGGCCGCGAUCUGCCUCUUUCUGGUCGCCCAAGGCCCGCAGUAGAUGGUGCGUGAGCCCCAAGGUAGAGCAUGUCCAUGUGCGAUGUUGGCCUUCUCUCUCUCCGUACCAGUAGUGGGAGGAGGAAGGAGGAGGAUGAGUUAUUAUACGGGCGUGCGUAGAGGAGAAGGUUUGUCGUCGGGAAAGGGCCAUGCUUGUGUCUGUGCACUGGGGUGGGGAGAGGCAAUCCCAGCUAGGAGGCCUGCUUGUGUCUCUGUAAAAAAGAAAGAAAAC